GCUAACUACUUUUCUAAAUUUUCAAAAGCUCCAGUAAUAUGCAGAUUAGUUGGAAGAAAAGUUCUUGAUGGAGUUGGUCAGCCAACAUUAGAAGUGGAAAUAUACUGUACAGUUAAAAACUAUGAGAAGAGGAUUUGUUCCACUGUAAUGUCUUCUCAUUCUCAAAUACCUGAAAAUGCUUUAUGUGAAACAACUGAAGCUGAUGAGAAAGAAAGAAAUGACGCUGUUAACACUGCUGUGGAAUGGGUGAAUGAGUCACUGAACACAAUGUUAAGAGACUUGAAGCCUACUGACCAGUGUAAAGUUGAUAAGAUGCUUGGUGAAUACUUCACAAAAAAGGCAGAAGAAAAAAAAGAAAUUCAAAAGCAAGAAGAAGAAGAAGAAGCAGCAGCCACUCUUGCACUUACUUCAUCCACUCCAUCAGCAACAGCACUACCUGGGAAAAAAAAAGCAGCAAAACCAGGGAAGAAGGUGGCAGCUGCAGAGAGAAUGAUCCCACCGGCAGAACCUGUUGAAGCAGUGCUUUGUGGCAGCUCAGCCAUUGGGGGAACAUCACUUGCUAUAGCUAAGGCUGGUGCCACCAUUAGCCAUAUCCCAUUGUACUUACAUAUUGCACUGCUGAAAUGUAAUCAGGAUUCACCUAAAGAAAUUACUCUGCCACUCCCAAUGGUUACUCUGUUGAACUGUGAAAAAUUUUCACCUGCAAAACUGAAAUUAGUGAAAGAAGUUAUGCUUAUACCACCAGUUCAGUUAUCACGCAAACAGGGCAUAGAAAGAGUUCUGGAUAUUCAGAAAGAAAUGAUGAGACUGUUGGAGCCUCCAGGCAAAGCGUCCAGUCCUCAACUAGCAGAUGGUAAGAAAGGCAGAGCCCGUAAUACAGGGAAGAAAGCUCCGCCACAAGUCUUAAAAAGAAUGUCACACUUAGGUUGCCUAAUAAUGGAAUGCGACAAUCUAGAACAACCGCUACUCCUAAUGCAAACAGCUUGCAACAAUAUAGGUCUGGAGCUAGGAACAGACAUAUACUUAGCAAUAAAUUGUGCUGCUCAUGAAUUAAUGGAUUAUGUUAAAGGAAAAUAUGAAAUACUCACUGGAACGUUCAAAAGUCCUGAUGAAAUGGUUGACAUGUAUGUGGAACUGAUUAAUAAAUUUCCUUUUAUUAUUGCAUUAAUAGAUCCCUUAAGAAAAGAG